AUGGACAGAAAAAAGCCCAAAGCGCCUUUAUCGUCCUAUUUAAUUUUUUGUAAUUACGAAAGAGAAAAUGUAAAACAAUAUUUAGCACAAAACGCGGAUCCCAACACAACAAUUAAAAUAACAGAUAUUCAGAAAGAGUUGAGUAAUAAAUGGAAAAUUUUGUCUGACGAUGAAAGGAAGGUAUACGAAGAGCAAGCACAACUUUUAAAAUUAAAAUAUAAUGAAGAAUUGAUUGAAUGGCAACAAUCUAGAAAUAAAGAUGAUCCUAUAAAUAACAUUACAAAUAUCACAGCUAAAUUUCCAACAUUAAAAAUUCAGAAGAUUAUGCAUUUAAACAAGAAUGUUAAGAAGGUCAAUGGUGAAGCUAUGAAUAUUUUUCAAAAAGCAGUGGUGAUGUUUUUAAUUGAAUUAGUUACCAAAACGGUUGAAUAUAAAAACGAAAAACAAAUGUCUCAGUACUUAACCACCAAAGAUAUAGUAUCUUGUAUACAAAGGGAAGGAAUAAAAUACAAAUUUCUUGAAGAUUGCUUAUAUUUGUUAACUGAACCACGGACUACUUUAUCAUUUAUCGAAGAAGAAGACAAUCAUGAAUCCAUAUUUGAUUUAUGUGAAGAAGAUAAAAAGGAAUAUAACUACGACAUAGAGGAAAAGAAUAUGAUAAAGAUGAAAAAGCGAGCUAACAAUACAAAGAGUAAUAAAAAGGCAUUGGAAAAUCAAAACAUAUAUGCUGAUAUUACUACAUUUUUUAAAAAAAAAUAA